UAAAAAUAUUGAUUAUGUUUCUACGGUUUAAAAAACGAUUAAAUUAAAUUGUGCUAAAUUCUAUUUGAUGACGAAAGAAGCGGAUGAACACAUCUCCAGUUCAGGCGUCGAUGGGCCCGGACGUCAUCAUUAGGCGCCCGGUGUAUAAGAAUCGUCAAUCGACAUUCAAGUGGAAUUAAAUGAACGAAAUUAAUUAGUUUUUUCAUAACGUCACUCGACCUAGAUAUUAUGCCUUAUUGUGGGGUCAAACCGAAAAGUUGACGGAAUUGGGAGAAGUCGCGAGAAAUGAACUCAAUAUGUUGUGAACGCAAAUGACAUCGUGUAAAAGGCCGUGACCAUAAAUGUGAGGAAACAUGGACAAGGAUGACAAUUUGGAGACGCUUGGCGAGCAGCUGUACGCUCGGAUUUUGCCCACACAGAGCGAGCACGCCGGGAAACUGACAGGUAUGCUGCUGGAGCUUCCUGUUCCUGUGCUGCGCAGGAUGCUGCAGGAUGAGGCCAUGCUCGCUACGGCCGUGGAGAAAGCCGUCGCAGCCCUGCAGGUGGAUUUGCCCCGGCAGCCCAGCAAAAUAACAAACAAAGCAGAUGACGACGAAUCCGCGUCUUCCGACUCUUUGGGCGAGCAUCUUUUUGACCUGGUCGACGUUUACAACACUGGCUACUCGCAGAAAAUCACAGGCAUGUUACUGGAGCAGGACAAGGAGGCCGUGUUGAAGCUCAUGUCGGAUCCCCGACAGUUGGAAAAGCAGGUCAACGCCGCGCUCAAGACUUUAAAACGGCAACACGCGGAGGCGGCGGACGUCAGCGACACGUCGGACGCGGACGACACCGAAGGCCUGGGCGAGAAGCUCUUCUUGCAGGUGGAGGAACUGGACCGGCUUCACGCACAUGAAAUCACCGGUAUGCUACUGGAAAUGGACACGGGUGUUCUCCGCCAGCUCCUUGGGGAGCGCGCCUUGCUGGAGGCCGCAGUUCACAAAGCGCAAGCCGCCCUUGGCACUGAAAAUAUCGGAAUAUUGGACCAGCACAAAUAGGUUGGUGGGCAUGGGCAUCGGCGCCAGGGGAGCGAAGAGGUCCAUCGGAGGAGCGGGGGCCAUCCCGGCUGCUUUGGCACCGCCGCCGGGGUUCAGCACGUCCACGUAUCUGCUCUUCAAGCCUGAGGA